AAGUCUUCUCUAAUCGAGUCAGUGAGACGCAGGGAGACGAGUUGGGAGUCCAUCUACUUCAAGUCCGAAGUCUGCUUUUUCGUGAGUAAGGUCGCAUGUGGACACAACCUCUGGUCCCACCAAAAACACAUCCGUGACUGUCUGGCCGGCUGGACGUGUGAAUUUUAUGGUCUCUUUCCCACCUGGAUUAGUCGCCGGCUGCACUUCCCUCUCCCGGCCCGCAGGGCGGCAGCAGAGCGCGGGCAUGAGCGAAUUCUGGCACAAGAUGGCCUGCUGCGUGAUCGCAAAAGCUCCGCCGAAGAAGAGGAGGAGGCGGAUCGAGCGCAGUAUGAUCGGCGAGCCGACAAACUUCAUCCACCUGACGCACAUCGGCUCGGGAGAGAUGGCCGACGGGCUCCAGCCUUCGGGGUCCGUUCAGGAGCAGAUGAGGUCCAAAUGUCCAAACAUGAACGGCAGAAACAGUCUUUUAUAGCCGGCGUCCCACAGUGCUGACCGUCCUCUCCGCUGACUCCUCCGGUAGUCCCGGCGGCGGUGUGCCCGCGUUCCGUCCGGCCACAGGGGAGCGCCGUCCUCGUGAGCCCGAGCCCGUCGCUUCCUUCGCCAAAGACGCCAAAACCUCACGUCCUCCAACUUCCCGUUUGACGCCAACACGGACCAACUCGGAAGGAGAAACUUGAGCAAACCAAUGAAACGACGUCGCCGCUCGAGGACAAAGUAGAGAUGACGUCACUGGACUCCAUUACCCACGAUCUCUUUCUACUCAAAGUGUUUGUUUUGGAACAUUUCCCAGCAUUCCCUGCUCAAGUUCCCGGGAUGCUUUGCUCUCUUGUAGGUCGGUCACAUGACCCGAGCGAUGACAUCACGGUCUGAUGCACUGGAGGACUUCCGCUUUCAAAAACUUUCUGAUCAUGUGACUGCUUCCUGACUUGUCAUUGGAGCAAUUUUGUGCGCUUUCAGGUCACGUGAUCACCAUCUUUUCCCCCUGGAUGCUAAUGCUAACGCUACAGGACAUUUUUUUUAAUAUAUUUUUUUGUUUGUAAUGACAGUUUAGCUUAAAAAAAAAAAAAACAUGGCAAUGUGUCACCACGUUUGCAUUUCAAAUGAACUUUGACCUCAACACAAGCUCAGGGUGACCUUCAGAUGGUGUGAUAUCACACACACUUGAUGUUUUGCUUACGUAAUGCCAGCCGCACGCACGCACACACAGAUGCUAAGCUAAGCUAAACUCCGCCUGCUGGUUAUGUAAUGAUGAAUAAAGCCACGCUUCCCUCCA